UCCAAAAGGCGCCAUCUGCUGGUGCAAGAAUAGAUUGAGGUGAAAGUAGCAGCAAAUGAUAGGAGAGGCUAAAGAGUAGUGAAAGGAAUAGUAUUGUUGUAAUUUUUCUUUAGCCUUUUAUAAGAAACAAAGAAAAUGUCGGCACAUUCUCCAGAGCAAAUGAAUAGUGAAAGGCUUAGUAUUCCAGCAAGAAGUAUUGUGUUGAAUGAUGCAUCGCAUCUCCCAAGUGAUUACAGCUCAACGCCUGGAGGCACAAUCUUCUCAACAACACCAGGCGGUACCAGAAUCAUAUAUGAGCGAGCAUUUCUGAUGCAGCUACGAAAUUCUCCUGUUGCAAAAACACCUCCCAAAAACUUGCCAAUCAUACCAGGUGUAACUUCUAGUCUUGAGAUUGGGAAGAACAAACCUGUGGAAAAUGGAAGACCUGAAAAAGUAGCAACUGGAGAAAACCAGGAAGAGCCACAGUUCCAGAUGGACAUCUGAACAAUUUCAAAACUGUCAGCUUGGUACGAGAUGGCUUAGCGAUGGAACACUGGUUAAUAGAUGCUUCAGUUGUCUAAAGCAUCAUCUGUGGUAAUACUAAUUGACAUGUUUCUCCCUUCUGUCCUUAGCAGAGGGAGCUGUUAACUAAAUUUUUUAUCUCUAUGUAGCAGAAGGUCAAAAAAGGAAUUUUAUGUUUCUUUUACAGGUGCAUCUCUGAUUAUAUUAAGCCCUCAUGCUGUUACAUAUUAGAUGUUUACUUUUUUUAUCAUCUUUAUUUGAUUGUGUUGAGAAAUUUUUCCCUGUUCCAUUGCUUGAGGCACAUAAUGACAUUCAGAAGGUUUUCAGUAAAUUAUGUUGUGUUCAGUUAACAGUUUUCAAAGUACAUACAUCUGAACUUGAAGUAAUCAAGCUGAACAAGGUUUUUAAUGUUGACCAAGUUUUUCUUGCAUUGCAAGUUAUCUUAAUGUGACUAGUCUUGUUUAAGUUCCCAUGAUAUCUCUUUCCAACAGUUUCACAAGUUUUCAAAGUCUGCAUACCUAUGUAGAAGUAAAGAACAUGUAUUAAAGGUCAUAUUCUAAGAAAAGGCAACAAGGAUUUAGAAUAAAGUGUGACACAACUUUAAAAAAAUAAAAGAUGUUUGAAAUUAUUACUGACUUCAUUAAGCAUUCAUAUGAAUUGGAUUAUCCAGUAGAUUAAAUCUUUCCUCACUUGCAUAAUUACUUUUAAAUACAGAUUGUUUUAACUAAAUUUAAUUUGUUUUUAUUAAUGAAUUCUAUUGAUCCAAACAUCCUAAAACAACUAUUCCUUGUAAAGGAAGAAACAUAAUAUUAUUACAAGGGGAUCAAAAAUGUCCAUAUGGAAAAUUCACAUAACUAACCAGCUUUAAUACCAGUAUUACAGAGUUUAUAGUGAUAUAAAAACAUGUACAACUUCAAUUCGGGUUUCAUAUGCACAUAAGGCAGUGUAUGAUUAAAAAAAAAAAACUGACUUCAGUUCUGACUAUACAUUGUAGUCCAGUCAAAUUAAGUUGUGUACAGGGUGUCCCAGAAGUCUGGACCCGUAGGGAAAAUAUACAUUAUAAUAUUAAAGUUAAACGAACACAUUUCUAACGUCAGUUGUACAUAUUUCAGGAAAGAAAAUACUCCAAUGACACAGUAUAACAAUAAUUGAUAUUUGUAUGGCUGUUAAUGGCAUUCAAUUUGAAUAAUAAAUAAAUUAAGAAUACAUCGUGUAUUUUUCCCAAUGGGUUCAGACUACUGGGACAUCCUGUAUGUUACACCACUCCCCCACCCUGCUUAUGAUUUUAGAGUAUUUAGUUGGUAUACAAUAUUCUUACAAUAAUUUUAUGUCAAAACCAUUUUCAGAGGCCUUGCAGAAAGCAAAAGCAAUAUGUUCUCUGAAUCAUAAAACUAUUUCUUUGCUUUUACUUACACAAAGCAUGCUUAAAUGAUAUAAUAAUUUGUUUGGUAAAAAAACUACAGUAGCUUAUGAAAUAAAAAGUACUGAUAGGAAGCCAGCAUUUCAUUACAUACAACCAAUUUAUUUCUGAACGUUUAUUGGUAACAGUGGCAAUCUUAACAGGGUAAAGAUCUGGUACUAACUGGUAAUACAUGUUUAAACAUCAU